GAUUUUGAUUUUUUUCAAGCACUAAUAUUAACAUAAAAAACAAGUAGCAAAAUAUUUUUGAAAAAUACACCCGCGCGGGUGCGCGGAUUAAAAUCUAGUUUUUAUUAAUGCCAAUGCUCAAUAGUCGUGGAAAAAGCGAACCCUAGAAAUAAACAUUAAAAAGGGUUUUUUUCUCUUCCAAGAUCUAUUAACACCAAUGUUGAAAACUUUUUUUUUAAGUUCCUCUGUUUUCAGUUUUUUUUUUGUGUCGAAGAUUUUGAUGAAUGAGUUCAGUAAAGAUAGGGACUCUGAGAACAGCCACCGAAGCAAGAAGAAGUCAAUUCUUCCCAAGGUUUUUGGAUCAAGACGGUCUGGUAAAGAAGAAGAAGAUGCAUCAAAUAAUAUGAACAACAGAGGAAAACAUGAUGAUCAAGGCAACAACAAUGAAUAUUUCAAUGAUUUGAAGCGACGAAUGGCUCCUCGAAAAAACCCAAAACUUGACAACUCUUCUUCGAUGAUCUGGAAGACUGCUUCUGAGAGAAUGGAAGGCUUGAACCUAUCGGGUUCUAUAGCACCAACAACAGAGAUUCGUGAACUCAGGGUGUUUGUAGCUACGUGGAAUGUAGGAGGAAGAACACCAAACAACGAUCUUAACCUCGAAGAUUUCUUACUCGUUGAAGGCACAGCAGAUAUAUAUAUCUGUGGGUUUCAAGAGAUUGUUCCUCUAAGUGCAGGAAAUGUAUUAGUAGUCGAAGACAAUGAGCCAGCAGCUAAAUGGUUAGCUCUAAUAAGCCAAUCUUUAAACAAACCGAAACAAGACUCUGCUUCAAGAACAACAACUUCUAGUAGUAAUUGUCGUGGUGAAGAGUCAAGAACACCAAGUAGUCUAAGUUUCUUUCAAAGACCUAAUCUUAAAGUCUUGAGCAGAAACUAUCGAGUCGAUUCAAGUCUUUUGAAGACUUGUAAUUGUCAGGUUAUUGGUACUUCGGUUGGUUGGGAAGCUAGGCUGUCUAAAAAGUAUAGUGAUCAUGUUGUAGAUAACAAUAACUAUGUGGAGCCUGAGAAUUUUAGGGUUCAUGAGAAUUUAUUGUUUGAUGAUGUUCCUGCCACUACCAAGAUGCCGGGACAAAUGAGUUAUCGACUGAUUGCUAGUAAACAAAUGGUUGGUUUGUUUUUGUCUGUUUGGGCUAGAAAAGAGUUGAUUCCACAUAUAUCUCAUCUUAGGCUUGAUUCUGUUGGAAGAGGAAUCAUGGGUCGCUUGGGUAACAAGGGAUGUAUUGCUAUAAGCAUGUCAUUGCACCAAACAAGCUUUUGCUUUGUGUGUAGCCAUUUGGCCUCUGGUGAGAAAGAAGGGGAUGAGAUGAGAAGAAACGCAGACGUAGCUGAGAUUCUGAAGCAUACUCAGUUCCCCAAAAUCACCAAGAACCCUAGUUGUCGCGCACCCGAAAGAAUAGUUGAUCACGACCGAGUGGUUUGGCUUGGAGAUUUGAAUUACAGAGUUGCUUUAACCUAUGAAGAGACAAAAGUAUUACUAGAAGAAAAUGAUUGGCAUACUCUUCUUGAAAAAGACCAGCUCAACAUGGAAAGAGCAGCAGGAAGAGUCUUCUCUGGAUUUCAAGAAGGUCAAAUAUUCUUUGCUCCAACGUAUAAAUACUCUCAAAACUCAGAUGCUUACGCCGGAGAGACCACUAAGUCAAAGAGGAAACGCCGUACUCCUGCUUGGUGUGAUCGGAUUCUCUGGAGAGGAGAAAGAAUAGAACAACUUUCUUAUAUUCGAGGAGAAUCAAGGUUUUCAGAUCACAGACCCGUUUGUGCAAUCUUUGCAGUAGAAGUUGAUGUAAAGAGUAUGAACAAAGGUAGAUUAAGGAAAGGUUAUUCUAGUGCGGCUGCAAGAUUGAUUGAAGAUUGCAUUCCACAAAGGCAUAGUUUUUACGACUAAGAUUGUUACAAUUCUUUUUGAAAGAGGUAUUGUUUCUAGAUUGUAUAUAGAUUUGGAUUAACAAAAAAAAAAACAAACAACGAUGUAUUCUUGAGACAUAAGUAUAUCUGUCUUCACAACUCAUGUCCCAUAUAAGUGUUACAACAACACUUAGGUAUUGUUUGUAAAUUACUGGUUUAAACUGUGGAAGGCUAUGUAACCAUCUUCUCUAUAUUUGAAGCAAGGCAUGUAUGUAUUAUAACUUAUAUCAUCAUUCAUCUGAAUAUUGCAUCUAUGCUAUGAAUUUUUUUUCCAAAUCUUCACAUUUUAACCCCCCCCCAAAAAAAAAACUUGCUCCUCCUAGCAAUUUGUGUCUGUUCUUUAUGAUUUGUUACCAUAUUUGUCUCUGUGGUGUAUGUCUCAUCUCUCUUGAGCAUGUUUCCAUAUGGUUUCUCAUCUUUUUUUUACUUCAAAUGCCCCUUGAUAAACCUUAAUAAUUAGGUGACUGAAAGUGUCAACUAUUGUUGGAAUUCUAAGUAAAGAUAAGAGGUAGCAUGCCAUCGGUGCGAGUCCACUAGUGCUAAUAAUUUAUAGAGGUCCAUUCAAUCAUGAUCGAAUCAUGAUAAAUAUUGAUUAGCUACCUAAUCAUGUCUAUUAAUAGAUUAGCAAUGAAUUCAUUAAGAGUAGUGGAUAUUCUGCUCUGACAUGCAAAGUCAACUAUUUAAAGAAAUGAAAAAGAUGGCAUGUAGUCAACUAAUUAGCGAUUUCAUCUAGUUCUUUUGAUUUUAUGAUUUUUUUCAUUUUGCCCGUAGAACUCAGAUAUGCGUAUUCGUUAAACCUAAGUGAUGAUACUUUUAAGCAAACAAACAAAAACCUAUGUGAUGAUACAACAUCGACAUAGGUAUAACCCAAUCACAUAUAAUCUAUGUACAUCUCUAAAUUUUCCCAUGGCUUAAUCAAAAUGAUCGAGUUAUGCACUAUCUAUAGUAUAAUGGUUGUUCAUAAGAAAACAAGAAAAAUGCUAGUAACAUUUCACUUUCUGUGGUGGUUGUUGGCUACUAAGAAAAAUUGAUUGCUUUGAUCAUAGUAUUAAAAUUAUCUUCUGAAAGCGUGAAAAUAAAAGUAAAGAAGAUUCACAAGAAGCAACCUAAGAGCAUGAGCAUUGGUGAACCCCUCUUUGGGGUUCACCAACAUUUUUUAUUAUUUUUUCGUGGGCCCAUGAACAGUUAUGAACUUGGAUAUGCUGUUUUCUGCAUUAGUGAACCCGAUGAAGGAAUUCAUAGGAAUAAAAUAAUAAUAUUAAUUUUUUUUAAAAAAAUUUAAAAUAUUCAGAAAAGAUGAAUAAAAUAUUAAAACAUAUUAUUAAAAUUAUGAAAACAUUUUAUUCAAUACAUUAAAAGUACAUUACAUAAAAGAGAAAUUUUUCUAACAUACAUAACUUAUUUAUUCAUCUUCAUCACCGAACUUUUGCCAUAUAUUUUCCAUCAAAUCAGCUUUCAAACGAGCAUGCUUCUCUGGAUCUCGAACUUCUCUGCGCAUGCCUAACAUAUCACCGACAUGAAUGCUUUCUCUCCUUGUCACCCUCGAAGUUCUGCUUGAUUCUCCGGACUCGAACUCAGAAGUAUCAAUUUGAGCGUAUCCGUGUCGUUCGUUCUCUACUAUCAUAUUGUGCAAUAUGACACAAGUUCUCAUGAUCUUUCCUAUCUUCUCCUUGUCCCAUUGGAGAGCUGGGUUUUUAACAAUUGCAAACCUCGAUUGCAAUACUCCAAAAGCCCGUUCGACAUCUUUUCUGGCGGAUUCUUGCUUUUCUGCAAAUUUCUCGGCUUUAGGACCUUGAGGAAGUGGGAUGGAUUGGAUAAAUGUUGACCAGUUUGGAUAAAUUCCGUCAGUAAGAUAGUAGGCCAUACGAUAAGUGUGGUUGUUGACCUUGAACUUAACUUUUGGUGCUCGACCAUGUAAGAUGUCAUCAAAAACAGGGGACCGAUCAAGAACAUUGAUAUCGUUGAGGGUACCUGGUAAGCCGAAAAAUGCGUGCCAUAUCCAAAGAUCUUGUGAUGCCACGGCUUCUAAGACAAUUGUCGGCUUUCCUGAACCACGUGUGAACUGACCUUUCCAAGCCGUUGGGCAGUUUUUCCACUCCCAAUGCAUGCAGUCGAUGCUGCCUAUCAUCCCCGGAAACCCCCGUACCUCUCCAACAUCGAGUAAGCGUUGAAGAUCCUCGGCUGUAGGUUUUCGUAGAUACUCAUUUCCAAACAAUUCUAUUAUUGCAUCCGUGAAAUUUGCCAAACACAAACGUGAUGUACUGUCACCGAGUCGGAGAUAUUCGUCAUAUGUAUCUCCCGAUUGACCAUAUGCCAGCAUACGUAUAGCUGCCGUACACUUUUGAAGUGCAGAUAGCCCGUUCCUCCCGUGAGCAUUUCGUCUUUGCUGAAAGUAUGGAACUUCAUUACUUAUACGUUCGACAAUGCGAAGGAACAAUGGCUUGUUCAUUCGAAAACGCCUCCUAAACAUUUCCGGUGGGUAUGUAGGAUUUUCUUUGAAAUAAUCGUUCCAUAGUUGAUUGUGUCCUUGUUCCCGAUCUCUGUCGAUAUAAGCACGUCUUUUUGGCUUCUUACCUUGGACCUCAACUAUUGAGUCGAUGUAAUUAUCAACUACUUCGUCGACCAUUUCUUCUAUAGCUUCAUCAACUUCAUCACUUGAUGAGGAUGACAUUGUUGAUGUUUUCUUCCUAACAUGACAAAAGGGGAUUUGUAAUUUAAUAUUUUAUUUUAAGAAUCCUAUUUUAUUUUAACUAAAAAUCUUUCUAAUUAUCAUAAACCAUUUUUUUUAAGAAUCCAAUUUUUAACUUCAAUCCUAUUUUAUUUUAACUAAAAUUCUUUCUAAUUUUCAUAAACCAUUUUUUUUUUAAGAAUCCUAUUUUUGUACUUCAAUCAUAUUAUAUUUUAACUAAAAAUCUUUAUAAUUUUCUACAACCAUAUUUUUUUAAGCAUCCAAUUUUUAACUUCAAUCAUAUUAUAUUUUAACUAAAAUUCUUUCUAAUUUUCAUAAACCAUUUUUUUAAAGAAUCCAAUUUUUUCUUCAUCCAUAUUUUAUUCUACAACCAUAUUUUCUUACCAAUCUUGAAGGUAGUUGCUCUUGUUUGUUGUUGAAGGUAGUUGCUCUUGUAUGUGUGUUUGUUGGUCACGGACUUCACUCCUUGGUUAGCCAUGCGAACUGGUGAUUGCUUCCAUUGCCACAAGCCAGGUCAUUGGCCUUUACGUUGUAGUUUGUUGUAGGUUUUUGUUGUUUGAAUUUAGUUGUUGUAGUUUGUUGUAUGUUGUACAUCCGUGAGCAAGAGAAGAAAUAGAAGAUCACUUUGAAAUAAACAAGACAAACAAGAGCAACACACAGAAGAGAAACAAUAGCAAGAGAAGAAAUAGAAGAUCACUUUGAUUAAAAAGCAGAGAGUAGAGACAUCAUUUAAAUAGAGAGACAUAGAGUUACAACAUAGUACAUCCGUGAAUCAAGUUCAGUACAUCCGUGAACCAAGUUCAGAGUUACAACAAUAGCAAAAUACAUAGACAUAGUACAUGAUUGACCUGCAGUGUAGAAAGAAACAUAACCCGUGACCUGCAACAACCUAAACUUCCAACCCGUGACCUGCAACACUGUCACCUCCAACCCGUGACCUGCAGAAGAAAAGCUAACAUAAUCAGUAAAGCAAAGCAAGGAAAUACACAUCAACUACUCAAGCAAAGCAAGAAAAUACACACAAUAGACAUCAAAGCAUUUCAGAGAUGAGUUUAUUCUUGAGAGCCACUUCAUUAUCAGAAAGUGUGUCUAUGUUUUUGGCUAGCAAACGAUCAAGGAUCUUUUGUCUGGAAAUGGUAUUUUUCUCAGCUAGGAUGGUAUGUAUAUGAUCAUAAGCUGCUUCAUUUGGCUUCUUGCGUUUAGCAGCUUUGCUAGCCUUAACACCAGGAGGCCUAACCUCUUCCUCCUCACGCACCGCCUCCGCACCACCUUCCUUCCUUUUCUCCUUCGGCUGAGAGUGUGACCUCCACUUCUGAUCAAACCGGAGUUCCCUCCAGCAAUGUUCAAGCGCAAACUUGAGAUGGUAGUCAUUGAAAUAGAUGUCAUGCGCAGUCUUCAUGACAUCAUUUUCACUUUGCCCACUCGAUUGCUCCUUCAGAGCCGUUUCAUGGGAACCCACAAACCUGCAGACCUCUGCAUUCACCCUUCCCCACCUCUGCUUACAUUGACCCCACUCUCGAGGAAGGGAGCCAAUGAGCUGAGGACUAGAAUUGAAAUACGCCUCAAUUCUCUUCCAAAAAGUCCCUAACUUCUGUUCAUUACUAACUAUCGGAUCUUUGCUGGUGUUUAACCAAGCACUGAUCAGUACAAGGUCUUCUUUGGUUGUCCACUUUCUCCUUUCCGGUGGUUUAACUAACCCGGGUGAGUUAACUGCAGCCUCAGCAGAGUCAACGUCUAUUGGACUACUGCUCUGCGAAGCUAAUAGGUUAACAAACCCGGGACCGUGAAGGGAAAAAGGUUCCAUGUUUGAGGGUUUUGUGUUCUGGUUUUGGUUUGAGGGUUACCGGUUUUUGUUUUGGUUUUGUGUUAAGAUGUAUCUGUAAAUUUUUAGGCUGGAGUUACUAUGUUUUUAAACAAGUUUUUACGUGUGGAAAGAGAUAAAAUUUAACUAACAAUACCAACCAAAAUUCAUUACAGAACUACUACAUAGUAAUGAGCAGUCAAUAGACAUCAAAUCAGGCGAAAAUACAGGGUAUUUUCCGUUUCAAAAGAGAGAAAAUUAAACUAUCUCUACCAACCUAAGUACAAUUCAACAUUAAUCACAGCAACCAACCAACCAACAAUUAAUAUCUACUUGUACUUCUAGUUCUCGUACUAGUUUAGUUUAUGUCUACUUCUAGUUCUACAAAUAGUUAUACUUUUGUUCUACUUCUACUCCUACGUCUACUUCAAUCCACAGAUAACAAUUACCCUAGAUAUAGUUUAGCUGACUCUAACCUUUCAUUGUCAAUCGAAGCAGACCUUCUCGAGGGAAUGGACCUGCACAGUGAGGUCAUAGACAGCCUCAUUGAGUGAAUUAACCUGUUCCUGGACAUGGCAAAAGUGUAGGAGAUUUGUGUUAGUAACUGUAAUACAAAUACAAGGAAAAAAAUUAAAAGCGAUGAAAGAGCUCAAAAUGUUUUACUAACCUCAAGUCUCUCAAACCGUUUACUAAGAGUGGACACCCCCAGCAUCACCUCCUCAGCCUCUUCCACCCGUUUAGUUAGCCUCUCGAGCUCCUCCUGCACACCUAUCACCCAAGGCUGACGAUAAUGGAGCCCAUCAGCCUUGGUUUUAACAUCAAGAAUCAUCAGAUAUACAACUUACAAUAUAGAACAUAAAGAUUGAUGAGAUUAUGAUAAACAGAGGAGACUUUACCUCGUAGUUUCUGCAGGUGAAGAACCGCUUCCCAGGAAGAGUGUCGUAGUCCUCCUCCCCGCGCACCUCGUUUAUGAGUCUCCCACCACACGGACACCUUUUAGGAAUACCGUACUCAGAAUCCGCCACGAAACUUAACAUGUUGAUGUGUUCAUGUUGCUUCUUUGAAUGUCUUCUAUCUUCUUCCGGAUCCAUCUGUCAAAUAAAUCAAGAUUUUGUUAAAUAAUUACUCGUAAACCACUAUCACGAUCUGCAACCAUAAACCUAUCACUCCAUUUAACCCAUAAAACGAAACCAAUCACUCAAUUUAUAAACCCAUCACUCACCCA